GUAAGAUUCUUUUAUGUGUCAUCUGUUUGUUUUGUUGUUUGUUAUUUCCUCAAAAGUAUUUUUAUAAUAAAAAUGAGCCGUUUACAGCAAACCUCAUCAUUCAACUCAUCUUCAGUGGCGUCAUCCCAUAUUGAUAGCCAAGACGACAUGGAAACAGCAAAGGCUAAACAUUUCGUCAAAGAGUUAUUGAAGGCUCGCAUUUUCUUAGGCCGUUACAUUGAAAGGCGUUUAAUUGACCAGAAGAUUGGAUACCGUGAUAUUAUAUUAGUGAGUGCCGCCGAAGUCGAGUUGAAGAGAGAUUUAGUAGAAGCCCAGUACUCCUUAAGGUCUGCAUACCCUAAUACUUGGAUAGGCAUCGCGGAGUCUGAAACACUGGAGAUCAACACGUCCGGUUUGUGUCUUUGUACGGAGAUAGAAAACCAACCAUUCGGACCUUUUUGGUUUCAAAUCAAAAGUAUUAAAUUCAGAGAUGUGGAAAUUAUGGUAAGCCUAAAAUGCAUCAGGUAUAUUUCAGAAUCAUUUUUGGAGAUUGAACCAUUACUGACUAGAUCAAGCAUAAAGAAAAUCAAAGAAGCGAAUGACACAAAACCAGAUAGCAGUGUUGAAACAUUGAGUGAGACUUACAAUGAUAUAGUUGUAACAUUAAAGAGUGCUUUAUCCAUCAGUAAUGUUAAAGAAUUUGUGACCUUUUUGUUUGCUUUUAUAAUAGCAAUAUUUACUGGAAGUACUGCAUUUGUGAACUUCCUAGGAAACUUUAUUUUGGCAUUGAUAAGAGAAAUGUCAAUACUGAUAAAAAAUUCUACACCCAUGUUUCUGGGUUUGUUAGACUUCUUCAGUAAAAUAGUUGGAGGAUUUUACAUACUGUUGGCUAUGUUCUUCAAGCCAAGCAACCCAGUUCCACCGAAUAAACGCAGCAUUGCUUAUAACCAGCGCUAUCAACAUCGCAGUAGCCACUUCAAUGACGAUGGACAGUUUGAUUGAUUUUGAAUAUUUGUACUAAGUACUUGAUGUUAAGAAUACAUUUUUAUUUUUAUAUUAAUCAUUCAUAAAAUGAUUUGUAUUGCAUUUAAAAGGUUCCACUAGCAUUUAAUGUAGGUAUCAAUUGUAACUUCAUAUUUCAGCUUGCAUCAUGAAGGUUAUCAUAGUUAUAUUACAAUACAAUGCAUUAAAUAUAAUUUAUGGAUAAAAUAUCAUAUAGGUAUUGGGCAAUAAUGAAUUUCAAUAGAUUGGUGCUUGGUUAAAAAAUUGUACAAAAAUGUGUAUAAUUUUUCUCAUAGCUGGUAACAAAGUUACAAAUUCCCAUUUAACAUUCCUUCAGUUUUUGUACUAACCAAAUAUUCAAAGCUAAGCAGAAGAAA